AUGGGGAAUUGGUCAUCAUGGGGAAACUAUGACACUGAGGAUGAAGGAUACCAUCUCACAAUAAAAGGCAGUGCUUUCCUCAGUGCUAUUUUUCUUGCCUUAGUGACAUACCAGUCUCUGUACCCACUCACCUUUUUUGUCCCAGGACUCCUCUAUCUCCUCCAGUGGCAGUACAUACCUGUGAAAAUGAAGAGCAAAUCCUUCUGGAUCUUUUCUUGGGAGUAUGUCAUGAUGUAUGUGGGAAGCCAAGUGGUAAUCAUUUGCCUCUCCUUCUUCCUUCUCAGCUCUUGGGAUUUCAUCCCUGCAGUCUAUGGCCUUAUACUCUCUGUUCCAGAUCUCACUCCAAACAUUGGCCUUUUCUGGUACUUCUUUGCAGAGAUGUUUGAGCACUUCAGCCUCUUCUUUGUAUGUGUGUUUCAGAUCAACGUCUUCUUCUACACCAUCACCUUAGCCAUAAAGCUAAAGGAGCACCCCAUCUUCCUCAUGUUCAUCCAGAUUGCUAUCAUCGCAAUCUUUAAGUCCUGCCUGACAGUCAGGGACGUGGCACUCUACAUGGCCUUCUUCCCCGUGUGGAACCAUUCUCUACAGAUGUGA